AUGCAAAAAAAUAAGUCACUUCGCGCUAAUCCCGCAGCAGCAGCAGCAGCAGCAGCAGCGCGAGCUGCAGCACAGCAGCAGCACCUACAGCCCAAGAAGCUGCAGCAGCAGCAGCAGCAGCGCGAGCUGCAGCACAGCAGCAGCAUCUACAGCCCAAGAAGCAGCAGCAGCACCAGCGUCCACAGCAGCAGCAUCAGCAGCCGCAGCAGCACCAACACAAGCAGCAGCACCACCAGCCACAGCAGCAGCAGCAGCAGCGCGAGCUGCAGCACAGCAGCAGCACCACCACCACCGCCAGCCACAGCAGCAGCAGCAGCAGCUUCAGCAGCCACAGCAGCAGAAGCUGCCACAGCAGCAGCAGCACCACCACCAGCCACAGCAGCAGCACCACCACCACCGCCAGCCACAGCAGCAGCAGCAGCACCACCACCACCACCAGCCACAGCAGCAGCAGCAGCAGCAGCAGCAGCAGCAGCAGCAGCAGCAGCAGCAGCAGCAGCAGCAGCACCAGGAGGGGAGCUGGGGGUCGUUGAAGGCAUAUCGAUUAUAAGCUCCGUCGAUUAA